AUGGAGGCUGUCAUCGAUGCCGAUACUCUCAGCGCCUGCGCAACCCCGCGGCAGAGAGUGACCAACGCCUGCGAGGCAUGUAGGGCGGCCAAGGUCAAGUGCCAGACCAGCGUGCAACCUGGAAUAUGUCGAAGGAACCAGGACGCUCCAAGACCUCCUCCACCACCGGGACCGUCCAAGACCUUCAGCAUCGACUUUGAGAUGCCUCAGUUGGAAGAGCCGGACGAUCUCGAGAAUCUUGUCGCACGACAUGACAAGUACCUUGAGGAAUUUCUACCUCCGUCCGAUAUGGAGUCCAUCGACAUAAUGCUCGGACUCGAGGACCCCGGUAGCGGACCCUACUCCGCCAUAUCGUCCCCACCAUCCUCAGGCUCAGGUCCGUCCGUCUCUUUAUCGAACCUUGGCCUCAAACCCCAGUUCAACCUUGACUCCGCCGAGAAACUGCUGCAGACUUUCCGUGUCAUGCUGAAGCACUUUCCCUGCGUGGCGCUUCCCCCGGACGCCACUGUCGAAUCUCUGUCCAAGACAAAGCCGUUUUUGCUUCUCGCCAUUCUCUCGACAGCGUCCGUCUCCAGUGCGUUACAGGGACACACACUCUACGAUGAAGAGUUUCGCAAGAUACUCGGCCUCAAAUUCGUGGCUGGCAGCGAGCGAACCCUGGAACUCCUCCAAGGCCUGCUCAUCUAUACGGCGUGGUACCCUUUUCACCUCCGUCCAAAGAGCAAACAGGUCUUUCAUUACGUCCGCAUGGCAGCUGAGAUCCUCCACGACCUCGAGCUCAACCACCCGCCCUAUCAAGCAGCGGGUGUGUCCACACCACUUGCGCCGGACCAGAUGGAAGGCAUCCGCGCCUACCUGUCUUGCUACUAUCUAGUUACAGCGCACGUGCUGCCCUCCCUGCAGUACUUCCGCAAAACGACUCUGACCUAUUCUAGGUUCGCGAUGGCAUGGGCCAGAAUGUCGCUGGUAUCACUCCCAUACACCUCGUGGACCGCUACUUGCUGCGACCUCCUCGAGCGCAGCUCCGCUCUCAAGGGGGACCACACCCUCGCGUGGCUCGCAAGGCUACUUCACAUCAAUGAGGAAGCGUCCGAGAUGACGAAGAAUGUCCCGGCGACGGAGCAGGCUCAGCAGCAGGCUCAUUUUAUGUUUCUUGGGCUCGAUAGCCAGCUGAGGGACUGGCAGAACCAAAUACCUAGCAGUCUAGGUGACAUCAACUCCAUCAAAAUUGCGAACCUUUUUACCGAAAUUUACCUCCUUGCUGGUCCCAUCUACCGGCUCACCUCCACAUCAAGAAUGGGAGAUCCCUCACUGGGCCCGCCCAUCCCCAUUCCACGCCUCGAGCGGUGCCUAUCGCUCCUACGUAGCUUCUUCGAUCUCUUCGUCAACCUCGACAAGACCAACUUCGUCGAGAUGAGCUCCAUCGACUGGGGCCGCUUCAUCCAGGUCACCAUCGUCGCCAUCCGCAUGUCCUUCCCACUGCCGCUAUGCCCUGAAUGGGAUCAUGCGCGGGCCCGCGAACAGCUGCAGUUCGAUUCGUACCUCGCCAAACUGUCUGCGAACCACGAGGAGUUGACGCCGUCUACAAAGAGCAUGGAUGUCUUCUCUGCGAGCAAGGUCGUGCUUGCGGUCGUCAAGCGCAAGUACGAGGGCCGCGUGGCGAACAUCAAUACGCCGGUGAACAAGCUGCCAAGGAGUAUCCGCGGGUGCCCGAUGUUUGAUGGGAGCCUAGAUUCUUAUUUUCCCAUAUGGGACCAAGACAUCAACCGGACUGGUGCGCACGGCUUGAUCUCGCCUAUGAUGAGUGGGACGCCGGCGGCGGUGGUGAACGGCCAGGCUACCUACACUGACCUGUGGGCUACAAUGACCAUGGGUUGGCCGGAGGGAUCAAAUGGAGGCCUAAAUCAGAGUCUCGAUCUGAACCAGGGGCAACAUCCGUCGAUGCACUUGGAUCCAUCGUUUCAAGGGACCGUGAAUAUGGGCCCGUCUCCUCCAGAUAGUGGAUGA